AUGGUUCAUGAAGACUGGACCAACACUAAACCGAGCACACAGGAUUUUCCCCUUGGGGAAAAUGCUGAUACGGAAGAGGGCAGAGGCAAAUUCCGUUUUAUCACUUUCCAAGAUCCCAACACCGUAAAACUUAAAUCAGUCCAGCGGGUCAUUCGGAGCCAUGGCGCUAAGAAGUCUUUGGAAGGGCGGAAGAAGAAGCUCACAGCAGUGACUGGGAAUUUUCGCCAUUUUAAAACUGAUAGGUAUCAGCAUGCCUCUGCGAAAAAGCAGGGCAAUGACGCCAAAUCAUCGAUCGACAUCCAAUCAUUCGGCUCGACGCAAUCGCUUGCUAUUAGCAAUUCUACACGAUUACAGUCUCUCAUAGGAAAUAAAACCGCAUCACAAGCAUUAGAGCCGGUGUGCAAUUUCUCAGAAGCCACCGCCCACCAAAAGUUUCACAAGAUAUUUCGUGAUGGCUUCAACGAUGAGGCGCUCUCAAAUGCUAUUAUGCUAUCUCUAACAUUUGCCGCAAAUGAAUAUCAUUUCUCGCAAGAAUGUACUACUUUCAAGAACACAACAAUUCGCCAUAUCAACCAGAAAAUCGGAUCUUCCCUUGAUCCUCCCGCUGUUUCACAAAUGAUAGGAGCCAUAUUACUCUUAGUUGGAGUAGAGUGGCGACUUGGGAACAAACCUCGAGUGGAGAUGCAUUUGGCUGGUGUCAUGCAAUUGCUGACUUUCUGCGAUUCUAAGCUCAUCCACCUUCACGAUGGCAUCAAGCGUGCAAUAUUCUGGCAAGAUCUGAAUGCGGCUUGGAUUAUAGGUUCCGAGCGCAGAUUUUCUCAUGAUAUCUUCCCAGAGCUUCACUGGGGCCGCAAUCCCUUUCUCUCAUCUGUAUACCUGCUGCCACCGGGAUUUGAGCCACUAAGACGUGUGUUCGGAAGCGACUUGGUCAAGGUGGUCGAAGAUAUCUAUGCCUUGCAGCAGUACCGCGAAUCAUCGAUUGUAGAUCUAGAUGACUCGCCGUCUCUUCUCCACUUGGACAACCAUCAAGCAUCAAUAGAGUCUCGACUUUACGCUCAUUUUCAAACGGCAAAUGAGAGCAAUGGAAUAUUGGCAGGCUGCAUACUUGCACUAUACCUCUGCACUUAUAUGCUGUUUUCGGAGGUAUGGGCAGGUCACUUUAUUCCGUCGCACAUGUCUUCAAAUUUACUACGUGUCUUACGGGAUGCAAAGAAGAGUAUUCUAUGGGAAGCAAACAGGGAUGCAAUGCUAUGGUGUACGGUAGUGGGUGGCGCAUUCGCCCAGCUGGGCGUGACACGAUCCGAGUACAUACUGCUACUUCACCAAUCUGGAUAUGGCACACUCCCCUCAGCAUGGAAGGAAACGGAAAAGUUUUUGGAAAAGUUUCUGUGGCCCAAAAAGAUCUUCUACGCGCCGGGGAAAGCGUUCUGGGAUGCAUACUCACUAAAUUGA